GCGGGCCCAGCAAGAGCAUAGAGGAGGCGCGGUUGUGAGUCGGUUCCGGGAGUGGGGAAACCUCGGGCCAGAGGGAGCGCGGCGGCGACCGGGCUGUAGUCGGAGGUCCGAAAGGAAGUGACUAGGGAACCGGGUGGGCUGCUUUCCUUCCGGUGCUUUUGAUUUUUCUUGCCUUUUGGUCCCGGCCCACAGAGCAGAGAUCCCCUCGCAAAACGCAGAGCGACCCUCCCGUCAAUUGUUGGGUGCGGGAUCGCCGGGAGCUUUGCGGUGCCCCGAGCGCUGACCGAGCGCACCGGGCGCGGAGGCAAGGGGAGCGGAGCCGGCCGCGGGUGGGGGCCCGGACCUUGCCUGCCUCCCUCGCUCGCUCGCCCCAGCGGGUCCGCUCGCUCAGAGCGCAGGGCGCGCGCGAUGAAGGCGGUGAGCCCGGUGCGCCCCUCGGGCCGUAAGGCGCCGUCGGGCUGCGGCGGCGGGGAGCUGGCGCUGCGCUGCCUGGCCGAGCACGGCCACAGCCUGGGCGGCUCGGCGGCCGCGGCGGCCGCGGCGGCGGCAGCUCGCUGCAAGGCGGCCGAGGCGGCGGCCGACGAGCCAGCGCUGUGCCUGCAGUGCGAUAUGAACGACUGCUACAGCCGCCUGCGGAGGCUGGUGCCCACCAUCCCGCCCAACAAGAAAGUCAGCAAAGUGGAGAUCCUGCAGCACGUUAUCGACUACAUCCUGGACCUGCAGCUGGCGCUGGAGACGCACCCGGCUCUGCUGAGGCAGCCACCACCGCCGGCGCCGCCGCACCACCCGGCUGGGACCUGUCCAGCUGCACCGCCGCGGACCCCGCUCACGGCGCUCAACACUGACCCGGCCGGCGCGGUGAACAAGCAGGGCGACAGCAUUCUGUGCCGCUGAGCCGCGCUUUCCAGGUGUGCGGCCGCCUGAGCCCGAGCCAGGAGCACUAGAGAGGGAGGGGGAAGAGCAGAAGUUAGAGAAAAAGCCACCGGAGGAAAGGAAAAAAAAUAUCAGCAAAUCCUAGAAACGUUUCAUUCGUCAUUCCAAGAGAGAGAUGAGGGAAGAAAAAUAAAACUUUCAUCUUUUUUUGUUUGUUUGUUUUGCACGUUCAUAAACAUUCUACAUACAUAUUCUCUUUUAUCUCUUCAUUUAUAACCGCUGUGAAUUGUACAUUUCCGUGUUUUUUGGAGGUGCAGUUAAACUUUUAAGAUUAAGUGUGACCGGACUGAUAAAUAGAAGAUCACGAGUAAAUCUGACUUUAGAAACCUACUUUGUGACCAAGGAGCUCAAUUUUUGUUUUGAAGCUUUACUAAUAUACCAGAGCAUUGUAGAUAUUUUUUUUUUUGACAUCUAUUGUUUAAAAUAGAUGAUUAUAAGGGGGCAGGACACUUUCUUUUCCCUGCAAGAAUGUUACAUAUUGUAUAGAUAACUGAGUGACAUUUCAUACCAUGUAUAUAUAGAGAUGUUCUAUAAGUGUGAGAAAGUAUAUGCUUUAAUAGACUACUGUAAUUAUAAGAUAUUUUUAAUUAAAUAUUUUUUGUAAAUAUUAUGUGUGUGUUUUUUUUAAUCUAUGGGAAUAUUUCUUUUGGAAAAUUAUUUUUCAGCUCAAUUGAAGAGGUCUUGAUAUCUUGAAUGUCUUUUUGUUUGGCCUGGCUUUUUAAUUUGUUUUUGUUUUGCCCAGCGUCCUGUAGACUCGGAAGUAACAGUUAUAGCUAGUGGUCCUGCAUGACUGCAUGAGAUGUUUAAUCACACAAUAAACUUGUUCUGAGUCCA